AUGUUCUCGUGCAGUCCAGCCCCCAUCACCUUCACCAGGUACGGAAACAGCUUUACGGGCUUGACCUACGCCUGCCGCACCGACUCCAGGGCUGGGAGCUGCGGAGGCAACAUCAUCAGCGGCUGCUGCCGUAACGACGGAAAUAGGUUAGUGGCACCCGAGAUUGAGGGAUCUGAGCUAGGCUUCUUUGAAGAAGAUUUCUCCGAAGAGGACCUUUUAGAAGAGGAUUUCGCCGAGGAGUUCCUUGAAGACCUGUCUGAGGAGGACGUCGUGGGGAUCAACUGA